GGCUGCGGCUGUAUUUGUUUUCUUUGUUUCAUUUUGCGCGACUUUGUAUAUGCAGUCUACAGGUCAGAGACUAUAGAUUAUCAUUGCUUUUCCAAUUUUCCAAUUGCUCUCUUUUUCCUAUUCUCCUCCUGCACGUUUUCCUUGCCGCCGCUCCCCUCAGUCUCCAAUCACAAUGGCCACAGAUCAACCUCAAGUUCCCGAAUAUGUGACGAGAAAAGAACACACCUCCCUUCUGCCCAAGCCGAAUCCGUGGUCCGUAGGAGCCGUGCUCAAAGACCUCCCCAAUCGACCAACAGAAAAUUCUUCCUCUCCCGUACCAUUCUUCCACUAUGUUGAGCGAUUGAAGGUCGAAAAGCGCGAAGGAUGGCGGAGAUUCGGCAUCUCAAAAGGCGAAUCGAUAGCAGAUCACAUGUACCGCAUGUCGCUGAUCACAAUGCUUGCGCCACCUGAGCUGAGCCGACGACUGGACAUCCCCCGGUGUACGAAGAUGGCGCUUAUUCACGAUAUGGCCGAGGGACUUGUAGGAGACUUGACACCUGUGGACGGCGUGCCCAAGGUGGAAAAGAGCAGACGAGAGGCAGACACAAUGGACUGGGUGGCGCAAUCGUUACUGGGGAAAGUGCACGGCGGCAUUCCUGGAAAAGAGAUCCGGGCAGUCUGGCAAGAGUAUGAAGACAGCGAGACCGAGGAGUCCAAGUUUGUCCACGAUGUCGACAAGAUCGAACUCAUUCUGCAGAUGGUGGAAUAUGAGCGGGCGAGCAAUUGCGAGGUCGACCUAAGUGAGUUCAGCUGGGUGGCGAGGAAGAUCUAUCUGGACGAGAUGAAGGUCUGGGCUCAGGAGAUUCUGGAUGAGAGGGAUCAGUUGUGGAAGAGCAAGCACAAGGAGCCGCGUGAGCCGACGAGUGCCUCUUCGAUCAAGAAGCAGCAAGAUCAGUAUUAUGGCAAUGGCAAGGUCGAGGCGGACGCGAACACAGAGACGAACGGAGACGCGGAUUCGAUGAGAUCGAAUUGAGCAUGCCAGGUGAUGAAGAUACGGAAGUGAGGACGAGCAUUUGCAACUGCUGUGUAACCAGUGAUACCCACAGAGCAAUACAUAGAUGGCGUAUGAAUGACAAUGAUCAAUAGAAG